AUGGGGCGAGCGCUCGAACUCGCCGUGUUCAUCGAGCUGACGGUGCUCGGGCCCGUAUGUGGCCGCCUCUCGAUCGAGGGGGACCACCUUGUCCUCAGCAGCCCCAUCGCAAAGCUCCGAGAUGGCGAGCGGCCAGUGUUGGACAUUCCCGUGCGCGCAAAAGUCCUGAUCGAUGUUGGGACUCAUAGAGAUUCGACCUUCCUCUUGCGGCUGCAAAACGACCCGGCAGCAUGGGUGAUUGGCUUCGAGGCCGACUACCUCCACUACGCGCACCAUGUAGUGAAGCAUUCGCAUCCGCGGAUGAUAAUGGUCAACGCGGCAGUGGGGGACAGCUCUAGAGGCUGGUCAACAUUCUAUCGCUGGGCAUAUAUGGGAAAGGAUUGGCGCUUCAACAGUGGCGAUGCGACACAGCUUGGUUCGCUGCUUCGUGCUGCCGACUGGGGAAAGCUUGAGGCGCACGAGGAGAUGCAAGUGGCUGUUGUGCCGCUGCGGGACAUCCUGAUCCUGGUGCCAGAUCGGGUGCAAAUCCUGAAAGUCGAUGCCCAAGGUGCGGAUUUGGAGGUGGUGAAAUCAGCUGGCGACCAGAUCGAGCGCAUAGAUCGCAUUGUCAUUGAGCUUCCGUACGAGGCACACACCACGACGUACUCUGACCAGCACGAUGCGGACGAUGCCGAGGGCUACUUGGAAAGCAUAGGUUUCCACAAGGAGCGGUGCUGGUCGGUAUCUCACCUGGAGCAAGACUGCGCCUUUGCACGCCCGCACGUUUGGAUGAACCUGCCAUCGGAGUUCGACUGCUUCCCAAGGAAUCGGAGUGACUUUCUGUUCGAGGCGUUUCGUGAUAACAUUGACCACGUAUGCCGAACGAGGCGGUAUGGCUGCGCCAACAGCACUCCAUCACUUGAGGGCAAGCGACUGUGGAUAAGCAUAUUCUGCUGUUCCAGGCUCAUGCCCGACCACGUUUGCUUCGAUCGGAGGCCGAGCUACUCCUACGAGACGUGCUGCCUCCCGCACUACUUGAAGUCCAUUGGCUAUCCGAAGCCGGGCGCCCUUGAAGUGCUGCUCCUGGUUCAGUCUUGGAUCACAACCUCCUUUAAAGGCGCAUCGGCGAUGGAGGUGCUGCAGAAGGACUACCAGGAUACCAUCAUUGAGCUCACGGGCAAGAAGAAGGAGAUAGUGGACCCCUUCCGGCUCGAGUAUGAGAAGCUCUACAAGGCGCUCAUGCGCUCGCACGAAGCGGAGAAGCGUCUCACCAAGAAGAUCCGUGACCUGAACACGGAGAUUAGCACCAGCGCGCAGAACGUGCAGACCGCCCUCAGCACGGCGGCGGAGGAUCAGAAGCAGAUGGCCAGCUUGAGGCAGGAGAUCCAAGCGAAGCAGCAGCAGAUCGAGGAGACGAAUCGGAAAGAGGAGCAGGCCAAGGAGACCAUCAGCAAGCGAAAGAAUGAGAUCGAAGACUUGAUCUCGAGGAUAGAGCAAGGCGUUGGCAUGUCAGAGGAGCAGGAGUUUCAGCUCAACCAGCUCGCUGGCCAGAAGGAGCAGCUGGACAAAGACAAGGAGCUCCUAAGACAGAACACCGAUAUGCUGCAGAGGAUCACACAGGGCCGGCUGGACGAGGUCCAGCACCUGGAAAAGUCCCUGUCGGAGGCCGAGGGGCAGAUCUUGGUGAUGAAGGAGAAGAUUGCGGAGAAGCGCGGUGAGGUGGAGGUGGCCAAGCGGCAGAAGGAUGAGUUGGAGCAGAAGAUGAAGGACCUGCGCGAGGAGAACGACCAGAAGCAGGAGGAGCUGGCGGCCGCACGGAGGAACAUCGCCACGGAGCAGGCCGAACUCCGAAAGAUCCAGCAGGCUGUGGCCGACACGGAGAAGGAGGAGGAGCGGCUGGAAAGGCGGGUCCACCAGCGCAUGGACGAGAAGCGUAAGCUGGAGGAGAAGUUGGAGCAGGAGCAGCACAAGAACCAGAAGUUCGCGCAGGAGAGCGAGGACAAGGAGCGUCUGUUGAAGGGGCGGAGGGACGAGCUGCAGCGGACGCGGAAAGAGAAGGAGAAGGUGAUCAAGGCGUACGAGGUCCUGAAGAAGAAGGACAAGGUCACCGAGGAGGAGCGCCAGUCGAGCGAAGGUAAGCGCAACGAGCUCAAGUCCGAGGUGAAGAAUCAUCAGGAGAAGGCGGAAGUUCUCAAGCGAGAUGCGGACGUCGACAGGAAGAAAAUUGAGGACCUGCUGCGGGAGCGGGACAUCCUGAACAAGAACGUCGUCAAGGCCGAUGAGCGCACCAAGAAGCAGAUCGACUUGGUGAAGCGCCAGGAGACCCAGUCGAUGAACAUGCAGAAGGAUAUCACUCGCUGGAAGCAGGAUGCGCAGGACUUCCAGAAGCGCAUCAUGGAGCUGGAGAAGCAGCGUGAGAAGUAUGGCAUCGAGCUCUCCCAGGCGAAUGCCAAGUACUUCGCCUGCAAGGAGGAGCUGAAGAACCCCUCGGGAAACAUGGCCUGCCCCAAGAACCUCGAGCAGAGCAUCGCUACCUCCGUGCGUCAGCACCUGAGCGUGGGAAAGGACACCGCCACCUCGAAAGAGCUCCAGAACGCCUUCGAGCUCAGCGAGGAGUUCAGCCGCACCAAGUUUGACAUUCUCGACCAGGCCUCCGACCUGGGCCUCGAGGUGAAGGACAUCUACUACAACGCCAGCCCUGCCGUCCUCUACGAGCAAGCCUUGCGUCAUGAGGAGGGCAGCUUCAUCACCGCCUCGGGCGCCCUGUCGGUGACCAGCGGCAAGAAGACCGGGCGCUCCCCCAAGGACAAGCGCAUCGUGGAGGAGCCCGACAGCGUGCGCGACAUCUGGUGGGGGAAGGUCAACAUCAAGCUCGAGGAGGCCGUCUUCGGCAUCAACCGCGAGCGCGCGGUGGACUACCUGAACACGCAGAAGAGGCUUUACGUCGUGGACGGCUUCGCAGGCUGGGACGAGGAGUACAGAAUCCCCAUCCGUGUCAUCACGUCCCGGGCCUACCACGCCUUGUUCAUGCAGAACAUGCUGGUGUCGCCCUCGAAGUCGGAGCUCUACCAGUUCGAGGCCAACGCCUUUCCCAGGCCCUUCGUGAUCUUCAACGCAGGUUGCUUCCCGUGCAAUCGGCACACGGCCGGCAUGACCUCCACCACCUCCGUGUCCCUGUCGCUGUGCCGGGGGGAGAUGGUGAUCCUCGGCACGCAGUAUGCCGGGGAGAUGAAGAAGGGUGUCUUUACGGUGAUGAUGUACCACAUGCCCCUGCGACCCGAGCGGCACCUGUCCCCAGCGGAAAGGGCGCUGCCGCUGCACUCCUCGUGCAACGUGGGCCGCGAGGGCGACGUGUCCCUCUUCUUCGGGCUCAGUGGCACCGGGAAGACGACCCUCAGCGCGGACCCGGCCAGAAACCUGAUCGGGGAUGACGAGCACGUCUGGACCUCCAAGGGCGUCUUCAACAUUGAGGGCGGCUGCUAUGCCAAGUGCAUCAACCUUUCACGGGAGAAGGAGCCGGAGAUCUAUGCCGCCAUCCGCUUCGGCAGUGUGCUGGAGAACGUGGUCUUCGAUGAGUGGAGCCGCAAGGUCGACUACGACAACGUCUCCCUGACGGAGAACACGCGGUGCGCCUACCCCCUGCACUACAUCCCCAAUGCACUGAUCCCGGCCAAGAUCGACACACACCCCAGCAACGUGAUCCUCCUGACCUGUGAUGCCUUCGGGGUGCUGCCGCCCAUCUCCAAACUCACCAAGGAGCAGGUGAUGUAUCAUUUCAUCUCCGGCUACACCGCCAAGGUCGCCGGCACCGAGAUAGGCGUCACGGAGCCGCAGGCCACCUUCUCGGCGUGCUUCGGCGGGCCGUUCCUGGCCAUGCACCCUUACCACUAUGCCGAGAUGCUGGCUGCCAAGCUGGAGAAGCACGGCGGCCAUGCCUGGCUGCUGAACACCGGCUGGGUGGGCGGCGCCUACGGCGUCGGCGAGCGGUGCCCGCUGAAGUACACGCGCCAGCUGGUGGACGCCGUGCACGACGGCACGCUGGCGGCCUUGGAUGACGAGGAGUGGGAGCCCAUGCCCAUCUUCGGUCUCCGCAUGCCCCGGAAGGCCGUGCAGGGUGUGCCCCGCGAGAUCCUGUGCCCCGAGGACGCCUGGAGGUCCCGAGGCCAAUCCUCCGCUGAGUUUUGGGCAGCGGCAAGCAAGCUGGCGUUGCUGUUCCAGAAGAAUUUUGAAGAGUAUGCCCCGCAGUGCCUUGCGGCUGUUGUACAGGCGGGCCCGCAGGCGACAGAGGUGGCCGGCGGCUACCCGUGA